CUACCACGGCUGGGAGGGGAUUUCCUCAGGCUCCCUCCUCCGGGGCCAGUGGGUUGGUUAGCAACCUGUUGGGAAGAUUUUAGUUCGGGGAGGGACAAAAAAGUGCCUGGCAGGCGGGAGUUCAUUUGGCCCGGGACAACCAGAACGUGAGGUCCUGCCUGUGUUGUUACCUGGGAUUCUCCUGCCUCGGGCCCCCAGAGCUUGGAAACAGCACCAGCUUAUGACCAAAAAAAGUGUCUUUCACUGAAGAAGAAGUGUCCUAAGUAUGCUGGCCUUGACAGUGCCCUCCUCGGCCGGCGAAGAAGGGAAGGUGGAGGGAGGACCCGGGGCAAUGGCUGCUGCCCAUGACAUGGAGAUGGAGAGCAUGAAUGUCAAUACGGACAGAGAGAGAAAAGAAGAGCUGGAGGAAGAGAAGCUGGGAGAGCAUGGAGACCAUAGCUCUCUUUGCAAGAGCAAGAAGGUCCACAGGAUCAUCUCCAAGUGGAUGCUUCCUGAACCUGUCCGGAGAACUUACCUGGAGAGAGCGAACUGCCUGCCCCCGCCCGUGUUCAUCAUCUCCAUCAGCCUGGCUGAGCUGGCAGUGUUCAUUUACUAUGCGGUGUGGAAACCCCAGAAACAGUGGAUCACCUUGGACACAGGCAUCGUAGAGAGUCCCUUGACCUACCGCCCCGACAAGAGGGAGGAAGCCUGGAGGUUCCUCUCAUACAUGCUGGUGCAUGCCGGAGUGCAGCACAUCGUGGGGAAUCUCUUCAUGCAGCUCGUGCUGGGAAUUCCCCUGGAAAUGGUCCACAAAGGCCUCCGGGUGGGGCUGGUGUACCUGGCAGGAGUGAUUGCAGGUUCCCUUGCCAGUUCUAUUUUUGACCCACUCAAAUAUCUGGUGGGUGCUUCAGGAGGAAUCUAUGCCCUGAUGGGAGGCUAUUUUAUGAAUGUUAUAGUGAAUUUUCAACAAAUGGUUCCUGUCUUCGGAAUUGUCAGACUACUGAUCAUCAUCCUGAUAAUUGCAUCGGACAUGGGAUUUGCUCUCUACAGAAGGUUCUUUGUGUCUGAAGGUGGGUCUCCGGUGUCAUUUGCAGCUCACAUUGCAGGUGGAUUUGCUGGGAUGUCUAUAGGUUACACUGUGUUUAGUUGCUUUGAUAAGGCACUGCUAAAAGAUCCAAGGUUUUGGAUAGCAAUUGCUGGUUAUUCAGCUUUUGUUUUAUUCGCGGUGUUUUUCAACAUUUUCCUAUCUCCAGCAAACUGAGCCGCCCAUUUUUAAUUAAUAACAAGAGUUAACCAGCAGAGGAAUGGGAAACUGAGGAAACGAAGUGCCAGUUAAUGGCAGCAGCUGUGGAAAGAGGACAAAACACCAGUUGACUCGCAUGUUGCAAGGACCACUUAUGAAAGGGCCAUAAGACUUGGGGAAGUGGCUUCUCAAUGCAAAGAGAAGGAAGAGGAAGAAAAAAACGCAGCAUAGGAACAGCCAGCGACGGUGUCUUUUUUUAGGCAUGUGCAUAAGAUGGUGUCUUUUUUUAGGCAUAGGACGUAUUUUGGAAAUUGUUUGAUAGACUUUAUGACUGUACUAUGCAGAGAAUAAAAAUUUUCACAUCCGUGUCA